AUUGCCCAUAGGUGUGACUGGGAGUGCGAAUGGUUGUUUGUUUGUAUUUUCACACAUUUAUUUAUGUCAAAUUGUUUUUGAACUUACAAUGGGUACGGAAAGUUUUCAGACCCCCUUAAAUUUUUCACUCUUUGUGAUAUUGCAGCCAUUUGUUAAAAUCAUUUAAGUACAUUUUUUUCCCCCUCAUUAAUGUACACACAUCACCCGAUAUUGACAGAAACAAAAAAAAAUUGUUGGAAUUUUUGCUGAUUUAUUAAAAAAUAUCACACAGCCAUAAGUAUUCAGACCCUUUGCUGUGACACUCAUAUAUUCAACUCGGGUGCAGUGCAUUUCUUCUGAUCAUCCUUAAGAUGGUCCUCCACCUUCAUCCGAGUCCAGCUGUGUUUGGUUAUACUGAUUGGACUUGAGUAGGAAAGCCACACACCUGUCUAUAUAAGCCCUUACAGCUCACAGUUCGUGUCAGAGCAAAUGACAAUCAUGAGCAAAUGACAAUCAUUCCUUCCAGAGUCCACCUUAGCAAACAGUUCUUUCUGACUCCUCUUAAAUAUUUGCUUGUCAGUUGUGUCUUCUCCUAUGAGUGUUCCAAUGUGCUGGUCCAUUUCUUGAAUGUCCUUGCCAUGUGUGACCAAGGACACCAUGCACGUUUGCAGCUGCAGCUUGGAUCGCUCCAGCUGCUUUGGGGCGUGGAAAUUCUCCGCCCUUGCUUCAUCAUCUUGUUGUUUGAAGAUCUCAUAGAUUUGGGUCAGUGACGGCGGAGGAUAGCUCAGCUAGGUGAAGGCUGGUCUCAGCAGAGAAUGGAAUUCUCUCUUCCUGAAGCCGCUUGUCCAGAUUCUUGACACGCUCAAAAGCCCUCAAAACAGCCGGAAACUCGGGAAGAAGGUAAUAUGCCAUUUUUCAACUCAAUGUCUGGGUCUAUGUUUACAGUACAGCUUAAUCAACCGAGGAGCUAAGUCGCCAUGGUAACACCAACAACAUGAGGGAGCUACACUACGCACCUUGAAACGUUCUCCAUUCACUCUCAAAGUCUGAGUCACGCCAGAUGGACAGAACCUAUUCAUAAAGGAAAUCAGUGCUGCAGAUUGUCACAACCAUGAAGCAUCCCUAGUGUGGCUUUACCCCAAGAAUAAUCUUGAGAUUUCAUUUCUUCAGACUCCCUCAAACCAGAACUAUAGCCAUGAUGCUGCGGCUGUGGCUCCAUGGUGGUCUAUCGCGAGCAGAGCUGUCCUUGCUUCUACGGCGACAAUGAAUUGGGAGAUUCUGAACCAGGAUCCUCAGAUGACGAACAUAUCUGCCAGAGGAAUAAUAUUUGGGCCAUAUGUUGGAGAAAACUUAUUAACUUAUUAUAUCUACCAGUCAUUUUGUGUAUGCAGUUGAUCUGUGUUUCAGGUAUGUAACCUACAGCAGCAGCGAGGGACAACACAAUAUGGUUGUUUUCCAGUUCUCUGGUUACAUUUACUACAAGGUUUCACAGCCCAUCCCAGAAUUCAGGGUCUGGAUCGGCAAGGAUGAUCCCAAUUUGAUGGACCUCAGGAUGGAUAAGCAUGUAAUAAUAAUGUGUGGUGUGCAACAGCAGCAGUCUGUGGGGUGCAUUUCUCCUUGAGGGAUUAUGACUAUAAUGUUUAUUAUAAUACGGUGCAUAAAUCUAUACUGCUUUUCAAAACAAGUCACACAUUACUGUAUAUUGUGCAAUGAAAAUCAACAAUUUGAUCAUAUCCAUCUGUCCAAUUUCUAUAACUUUUAAAAGUCUAGCUACAGCAUUUUGAAUGCGUUGUAGGCACUGAAUUUAUUUAUUUUUUCUGCUGAUGCAAGCCUAUGUACAUUGCACUAAUCUAACCAUGUCUGACCUUUUCUAGGUCUGACAGACAGAGAAAAGGUUUGACCGUGGUAAUUUGUGCAAUUUGUGAAAAGCACGACUGAAUGACUUUGGUUACCUGGGAGUCAAAGGAAUGGUCAAGUAAAAACCAACACCUGGGUUAUGAGCCAUCCUGCAAAAGUUUUAAAAUAAGACACCCACACAGGUUGGCAAACAAGUUGUAUAGAUGACUGGGGGAGGGACAUUUCAGGUUGAUCAUGAGAUCAUUUAUCUGAAGAGAGUUUUCUUCACAAUACAACCAAAACUGUUAAAUACAACUUUUUUUUUUUUAUCCUUAUGUGGUGUCUGUCACAGAUUUAAAUAUACACGUAUACAUACAUACACACACACACACACUAGGAUUUGAAAAGCCUUGUGAGUACCAGGCCGAAGGUAAGCCUCUGGCAAGAUGGACUUGGGCGCUGGUGACGCAUAAUCUAUGCGACUUUUCCUCCGGAGCAAUUACAAUGGCAGCGAAGGGUGCGCACUGGUCCGAUGCCGAGGUCCGUUGUCUGUUGGAAAUUUGGGCUGACGCCAACAUCCAGAACCUUCUCGACAAGACUCAUAAAAACUCGGAAAUAUUUGCGGAAAUCCGGGACUAUCUGACUGACCGCGGGUAUCACCGUACAGUUGAGCAGUGUCGAGAUAAAAUAAAGAAGCUACGCAUGCGAUACAUCCGAGUCCGCGAAGCGCUUCGGAAGUCUGGAGGCUCUUCUAACGAAAAACUCAAGUUCCACUACUACGACGCCGUCGACGCAAUUCUAGGCUCGAAACUAAGCAGUGACCCAAGUAUUUUCGAGCCGGCGUCUCAGCAGAACAAUGGAGCGGAAACCCCACUGAGCGGUGAGAAUAUAAAAUGUGAACUUGAAGAUAAGGAGGCAGUUCUGCAACUCCUGCAGGACAUUCAGUCGGUUACCCUCCCGGAACCCAGCAGCUCCUCUCAGACAGAGAGUGGAGACCACAGCCAAUCACAGAGCCCUUUGCCUCUCAUCAGUGAUGUCUCCACCUGGACCAGCUAUAAAUCAAAUGCAGAUGCAAAUAGUUAUUCAGGACAUAUUGCUCGCUCCUCCAUCUCUUCCCCAAUACCAGGGUCCUCUGCUCAAGUGACCAAAGCCAUUGCCAAUUUUCUCAUCAUGGAUCUCCAUCCUCCCACGCUGGUAGGCGGUAAAGGCUUCAUCAAGCUGAUCCACUGCCUGUUUCCCUCUUACAAGGAACUUCCAUCGCCUUUCCUCCUUGAGGACCUCCUGAAAGAACACCACAGAAAAGUAAAGAAGGGCCUUGCUGAUAUGAUGAGGACAUCUAGUAAUGGAGAAACUGAAAAGAUAUGCGAUUACACCGGGCCAAUAGAGAAUGAGUGCAGGAGACAUGGGCGACCUCCCAGACAACAGGGGGAGGUUCCUUACUGUGUCACUUUAAGUGCGGAAGUUUGGGUGCACAUCUGGGAGGGCAAUAAUGAGGGCUAUGUCACACUCUGGGCGCAUUACAUAGACACUAACUUUAAUUGUCACAAUGUCUGCCUGGCAACCCAAAGACUCAUAGAGCGUGUCAUGCCAGACAACAGCCUUCAAAGUUUAGAAAUCCAAGUGAAGAUUAUGGCCCAAGAGUGGGGAAUCGCCCAUCUUAAUCUGGUCUUGCUUGGAGGACAAGGAAGGACCCAAAUGAGACUCCAGCCCAGAAACAAAGAAAAAUGUGCAGGAAGUGACUGUCACCCAAACUCAACAAUCUUUAUAGAGAAGGAAAAAGCUGUGCCAUCCAAUGAGUCACAGAAUCUAGAAUGCAGUCCUUUAAGUGAAGGGCUACUAUUUGUCCCAUGUUUCUUCAGCGUUGUGCAGAGCUGCAUUGAAGCAGUGAUGUCACACCCCGUCGUCUCCAAGACACUCUCCCAAUUCCAGGGUGUUCUUUUAACCCUGCUCCAGCCUCCUGGUCAUUCCAGCCCCUUAUUAUAUUCCCAGAGCGUGCUGCAAACAUUGAGCAAACAGGAGCAAAUGGAAUUGAACUCAUGGGCCUGUCACUGUCAACCCAACUGGUAUAGACUCUAUCCUCUGCUGAGCACACUCCUCAAGCAUAAAAGCCUCAUCAUGGAUUUUGUUAAAGAGUCCAAAUGUGAAAACGUACCUGAUGAAGAAAUCGCUUCAGCAUCCAGUUCAUUUAACAGUUGUACAAACUCUUCAACCAGGUCAGCAAAAUCAAACAUGGUGCCAUCACUUUGUGAUUGGAGUAUUGUGGAGGAGUUAAGUUCAGUCCUCAAACCUUUAGAUGUGGCGUGUCAAACGCUUGCUAAAGAAGCCUUCCCACGCUUGUCUUUAAUGAAACCCAUUCUUACUGGCCUGCUUUCCCGCCACCUCGUAUGCCGACCAGGAGACUCAAUAAUUCCAAAGGAGAUGAAGCAGAUGGUGAGGGAAAGGUUGGCGAGUCAUUACAGCAACCCAGAAGUCAACAGGGUUUUAUGUGUGGCCUGUGCCCUUGACCCCCAGUUUCAUGGGCUGGGAUUCAUGGAGAAGACGGAACAAAACAAGACGUUUGAGUGGCUUAAGAAAGACGCCAUCAGGAUAGCGAAGGAGGAUGAUGGGAAGACAGGAAAAAUAAAGAAUUUAAGCUCGAGCAAAAGGAGCCUAUCCUCUGACUCAAGAGAGUCAGAGAGUUACUUCUUGAGAAGCAAACGUCUCAAACAGUCUUGCCUGAUCAACCUUAGGGAUAUAGAGGAUGAAGAGGAGGAUGAAGAUGAGAUGGAGUUGGCAGAGCCUGACUCACAAGGUGAGGUGUCUGGUAUAGAGUUCUUGCUCGGGGACUUGUUCUCCACAACCCGGAGGAGGCAGGACACUGUAGAAGAGUCUGUAGACAUGGAAGUAUCAGUGUUCAGAGCUGGGGCAGGGGCUUCAUUGGGAAUCGAGCCCCUGCAGUGGUGGAGGACAAAGGCAGUGCAGUUCCCACUGUUGGCUAAAGUGGCACUGGCCUACUUGGCUGCCCCAGCCGUGGUAGGUGAUAUGGCACGGAACUUUGUGCAGGACAGAAGAAGAGCAACCAAGAGGAACAGACACAACAUCUCACCAGCCAGUUUGGACACAAUCCUGUUUCUGCAUUACAACCACAUGCUCACCUCUAACUUCAGUUGCGGUUAGGCAUGAAGAUAUCAAGGUGAGUGUUAUUUGCUGAACAUUUUGGCCACAUGCUAAAGCCCUAUGCAAAUGUAAGCUUUACUCAGACCUGUGGCCUGUUGAAAAGAUAAGUUGGCAUCUGCAGGAUCAGUGAAAAUUAAUUCCCCAAUUUAUAGUGUUACAAAUACUUAGGAUUUCAUUUUAAUUACAGAAAAAGCUAUAGUAAUUAAGUAGUUAAGAUCCUUUGUUGAUCCACAGAAAGAAAAUUCAAGACUCGUUUCAUUAGAGGUGGGAUUCGAACCAAUGUCGACAGAGUAGACUACAACCUGAACAUAAGCCUUAUGCCUGGAUCACACUGCAAGACAAAUUUGGUCUCUCACAAUGGCACUAUGACUACUACCAUAAAAUCCUGCCGUGUCUCGGUCAGGACACUGGGAACACAACAUGGCACAUUCUGAUAUCACCGUAUCCAGUCUUUUGCGAUCAUUGGGCUAAUCUUGUCGGGGGAGGUGCGACCGGAAAACGUGUCAACGCUACCGGAUACAACCAUUAACAAUAGCGCUAGUUUUGAUUGGGGGAGGCGCGACCGGAAAAUAUGUCAACGCUACCGGACACAAACAUUGCCAAUGGUGCAUGUUUUAAUUGUGGCAAAUUGUUUUGUGCUGGGGGAAAAAAAGAAUGUGACGUUGUGGCUGGGUGCUCCAGAGAGGACGGUUUGGGCUGUCGAUUGUUCAAGGACAGUUUGAUGUUAUGUUCACGUACUUUUAAAUACCGCUAACAAGCAGGCAGCAUAACGUUAUGUAGCUAGCUAGAUAGAUCGCUAGUGCUAGCACUAACGUUUGAACAUAAACAUUAUGCCGGCGUUCUGUCAAUUCAUGCUCUAAACCUGCAGGAGUGUCAAACUCAUUUGUGUUGCCGGCCACAACAUAGUUAUUAACGUAGUUAAUAUUUUCACAGUUAAAUUGGCCCUUGGAGGGCCAUUCUGACUGUGAACCUGUACAAAUGUAUCAUUACAUCAUAUGACUACAUACAGUGCUGUGAAAAUGUUUUGGCUCCCUUCUCAAAUUUUAUAUUUUUGCAUAGUUUCCCCACUUUAAGAUCAUCAAACAAAUAUAAAGAAUAUUAUAGCCCAAGUGAACUUAAAAUGCAGUUUUUAAAUGGUGAUUUCAUUAAUUAAGGGAAGAAAAAAAACCUAUUCAACGUUACCUGGCCCUGUCUGGAAAAAGUAAGCCCCCGAAACCUAAUAAUGGGUUGGGCCAUCCUCAGCAGCAACAACUGAAAUCAAGCAAUCAAGCAAGUCUGUCACAUGACUUGAGAUAUUUUUGGCCCACUUGUCCUUGCAGAAUUGUUUUAAUUCAGCAAAAAAUUGAGCGUUUUCGAUCAUGAACGGCCUUUUUAAGGUCAUGUCACUGCAUUUCAGUAAGAUUCAAGCCUGGACUUUGACUAGGCCUCUCCAAAACCUUCAUUUUGAUUUUUAAGCCAUUCAGAAAUUUACUUGCUGGUGUGUUUCCGACACUUAUUCUGCUGCAGAACUCAAGUGUGCUUCAGCUUGAGGUGGCCAACUAAUGGCUGAAUCCUUAAGGAUUUUCUGUUAAAAAUCGGAAAUCAUGGUUCCCUAGAUCACAGCAAGUCGUCCAGGUCCUGAAGGAGCAAAGCAGCCCAAGAUCAUCGCACUACCGCCACCAUGUUUGACUGUUGGUUUGAUGUUUUUUGUGAAAUGCUGUGCUAAAUUUACGCCAGAUAUAACGAGAUGCGCACCUUCCAAAAAGCUCAAUUUCAUCAGUCCAUAUAUUAUUCUUCCCAAAGUCCUUGGAAUCAUUCAGAUAUUUUUAAGUUGUCUAUUUGUUUGACGAUCCUAAACAUGAAAGUGGGGAAAUUUGAGAAGGGGGGGCCAAUAUUUUUUCACAGCACUGUAUGCACACAAAAUGAUGGCUAACUACAGUAGUUUUGAAAUCAGAAGCCAGCAAAAAAAAAGUUUUAAUUUUUUUUAAUAAGUUUAUUUUAAAAGGUGAUUUGGGAACAAAAAUCCUUGAAAUAUCAAAAUGUUAUAACGGAAGACAAUUUGCAAUUUUGGUGUAUUAGCAAGAAACAUGAAGUUGAUGCACAUGACUUUCGCGAGCCACAUAAAGUCACUGGCUGGAUCUGGCCCCCGGGCCUUGACUUUGACACCGGUGGUCUAACGUUUCGGUAAACAUUGGAGGCAAGGCGCUGUUGCAAGACACAAUUCUCUUGGUUGAUGUCAGGGUGCUAUGUCAGAGGGUUCUCGUUGAUAUGUCACAUUACACGGAAGAUGUAAAAAAAAAAAAACAAAUCCAACAUGCUAGACUUUUAAUUUUGGCAUCGUAGGGAUUCUCUGACUCCAAAUCGUUGAUCAUGGAUUAUGGCACACUCCAAGGAGUUUUGUCGUUCCUGACAAAAUAUGUCCGGCCGGAUCUGAAGUUGGGCAUGAUAGCAAAUCUGGUCAAUAACGGGGGUAAAAUCUUGUCUGAUCCAGUCAUUAGGCCACUUGUUUCGAAAUGGUGACCUUUCUCACGUGUAGAAAAUGGGAUUACUACUACACUAUGGAAACUUCAUGUUUUUAGUAUGUUUUAUUUAAAAUUUUCCUCCAGUUAUCUAACAACUUCUGGAGUCCUCCAGGAAUUGUCCACUGAUUUCAGCAGGAAGUGUCGUGGGAUGGAGGACAUACAGCGGCUGAAAUAAGUAUUUAAACCAACCAUUUUUCUCACUAAAUAUAUUUCCAAAGGUGCUAUUACAAUGAAAAUUUCACCAGAUGUUGGGAACAACCCAAGUAAUCCAUACAUACAAAGAAAGUAGAACAUUCCUCCACACAAGCAGUCUUCAAAUCUUGAAGGUUCCCUGGGGUUCUUUUAUGGACCUUGAGUUUCAGUUCUUUCCAUAGAUUUACGAUUGGAUUCAAGUCAGGUGAUUGGCUGGGCCAUUCUAACAGUUUUAUUUUAAUUUUUUUCUUUGAAACCAAUUGAUAGUUUCCUUGGCAGUAUGUUUGUAGUAUCAUUAUCCUGCUGAAAUGUCCACCCUCGUUUCAUUUUCAUCAUCCUCGUAGAUGGCAGCAGGUUUUUGUCAAGAAUGUCUCCUGUACUUUUGCCCAUUCAUCCUUUCUUCAAGAAUGUGAAGUUUACCAGUACCAUUUGCUGAAUGCAGCCCCACACCAUCAUGUUCUCAGCUCCGAACUUUACUGUCAGUAGGGUGGUUUUAGGCUGAUGUGCAGUGCCAUUUCUUCAAAUGUGGUGUGCAUUAUGGCAUCCAAACAGUUCAAUAUUGCUCACAUCAGACCAGACUAUAUUCUCCCAAUAUUUAACUGGUUUGUCCAAAUGUUCAAUGAGCUUUUACCUUUUUUUUUUUUCUUCCCAGCAGUGGGGUCUUACGUGGUGAACAUGCACACAGGCUGUGGCGGCAGAGUGCAUUACUCACUGUUCUCCUUGUGACAGCAGUACCUGCUAAUUCCAGGUCUUUUUGAAGCUCUCCACAGGUGGUCAUUGGCUCUUGGACAGCUCUUCUGAUUAUUGUUUGCACUCCUCUGUCUGAGAUCUUGCAAGGGGCCCCUGAUUGAAGUAAAUUUAUGGUGCUAUGAUUAGAUUUCCACUUAUGUAUUAUGGCCCCAAAUGUGCUCACUGGAACAUUCAGAAACUAAGAUAUGCGCCUGCAACCAAUGCCAUUGUUAUGUUUUGCAACAAUUAGUUUGCGAUGGUCUUGAGACAGCUCUUUGCUCUUACUCAUCAUGAGAUGUGUCUUGACUCACACCUUGGCAUUGAGACCUUUUUGUAGGCCAUAAAUUAGGACUGAACCAGCUGAUAUUCAUUUGCACUGACAAGGGGCUGGAUUGCUGUUUGAUUAUGGAUAGAUUUCAGGUGUUGUCGUGGCUUUGCAUGCAUUUUCACACCUCCCGUCAUGUGUUCAAUACUUUUUCCCUGUGUCAUUUCACAUUUCACACAACUUAAUUUCUGAGGUCAUUUGUUCUACUUUCUUCGUAUGUAUGGAUUACUUGGGUUGUUACCAACAUCCGGUGAAAUUGUCAUGUCAAUAGCCCCUUUGGAAAUAUAUUUAGUGAGAAAAAUGGUGACGUGUUAAAUACUUAUUUCAGCUGCUGUAACUUCUGAUGUAUGACCUUCCAAAGUUUUUGGUUUGGUACGAUAGACUUCUUCUUUUAACCAACCUCAAAUAAAAAAGUCACAGGGUGCUAAGGCCAAGAGAUAAAAAAAACAAAAACAUCUCAAUUUGUCUUUUUUUUUUUUUUUUUUACAGUUACUUUUACCCACCCUAUAGGUUUUUUAAAACUACUAUUAUAGUUAUUCUGCAUCAAGAUCAUUGUGCCUUACAAAUGUGUCCAAACUUUUAUAUUGGUAUCGCUAUCAUUAGCUGGUGAUGUUUCCUAGAGGUCUUUGUUACGUUUCCUAAUUUGACAACUGUGUGUUUUUGUCCUGUUUGAAAUGUCAUUAAGUAAAUUGUUGUAAUGUUUUUUUUACACUGUAUUAAAAUAUGAUGCACAUUUUCAAUAGAUCCUUAAACACCAACACAUGUUUAAAAGUCAUGUAUUGCCAUAAAUGUUUUUGUGUUAUUGUACAUGCAUCAUAAAGCCCUUGUCACCAAA